AUGGAUGGAAGACGAAACGGUGAGUGGAUAGAGGUCCGACGAAAGAAAUCAGAGAGAAGAAGAUGGACUGCAGACCCGAUAACUAAUGUCUUUGUGGAUGGAUUCCCAGGAGAAACAACUAAGACCGAACUAUGGAAGUUAUUUGCAGGAUUCGGGAUACAAGACGAAUUAGGACUGGAACAGGGUAUGCAAGGGAUUAAGUGUAGAAAGGCGACAUUGAGAAUAAAUCUAGCAAAGCAUCCACGAAAACCAUUGAACAAAACUCCUCUAGGAAGACCUACUGUAAACGGAACAGUACAGGUGGCACCAAGAAAGGCACAUGAAUUGAGAGAUGGAAGGACGUAUGCCCAGGUGACUGGUAUAGGAGACGACCCAAAGGAAAACUCACUGCCAACCUCUCAUUCUGGGACUCAGGUAAUAACACUAAACUCAAAUACAUCGAUUAGCGAAUGGAUGAAAAAGAAGACCUUGAUUGGUGAGGCUCAUAGCCUCGACCAUAUUGGGAGUCUUACGGCCUCUAUACUGAUGAACGAGAAGACCAAGUAUUUGGGAGGACUGAACUUAGCACUGGGAUUUGGUGACUCAACGGCUGCAAAAGAGUUCCUAGAAGAUAAGACAAAAUGGCAAGAUUGGUUCAAAUGGUUAAUGCGUGCUGACCAGUACGACCUCCCUUAUGAAAGAACUGCCUGGCUAAAGAUCCUGGGAUUGCCUCUCAGACUAUUUGACGAGGAAAAAUUUUCAAAGAUUGUAAUGAAAUUCGGUAAGGUCAUUGCUCCUUUUGACAAUGUCGCUACCAGGAGAGACUAUUCCAUGGGCAAAGUCGGGAUACUAACCUCCCAACUUCCAUUCGAUAAAGUAGAAGAGGAAUCGGAGGAUGAGGGGUACAAUGAUUUGGUUGAUGAAGAAGAGGAGGAAGAUGAAGAUGGGGUAUCAGAGACGUAUAUGGAAGACGACAACAAUGACAUGGAAGAAGGGGAGAUAAUUCCUGACCCAAACGGGAGCCGGAUUAAUGAUAUUGUGAUGGAAUUGUCACCGUCGGUGACCAAGGGUCCGACCGUCGCCGAUUCCCCGACGAAGAAGAUGACGAGCCCUAAUAAUGAUGCAUUAAAUGAUAACAACAUCGAGGAGACAGUUCAGUUAAAUGGGGAAACAGUUGAACUUCCUAAUGGGAAUAACGUUGUUAGGUCUGAUAAGGAGAACUUGAGAAUUACUCAUAUGGAUCAGGGGGUAGAAGUCAACGUGAUGGUGGGGACACAGAAUGUGGAGGAGGAUGUGGUACAUGAGUCUUGUCAAUUUGGGCCUCUGGUUAGAUCAGGCUGCUUUGGGCCUUUUCCUAAUCCGCAUAAUGAAAAGCCCAUGAGUGAUGAUGCGUUAUCCCUGAAUAACCCAACUUCCUAUCCGGAUCCUUGUAACGGGUGUCCAUCAGCAAAAAAAAGAAAAAUAGGGCAGGAAGACGGAAAUAUGGAGUCAAACGAUGAACAUGGUGGAGUCCCAAAUCUCGACCUGAAUUUGAAUCUGGUAGAGACGCAAGGGGUAAAUGCUCAACACGAUGCACAAGAGGACAGUUCAGCUAAUGAUCAAUCGCAAGGUCGUGCAACUCCUCUUUCAUCACCUUGGCUCCCAAAGUGA